AAAAUCCAAAAUAUAACCCAGAGAAAGUGACUGUUAUACAACAGCAAGAAAUUCCCGAGAAAAAAAAAGAUUGAUUUACGAACAAAGGAAAGUGAGAGAGAGAGCGAAAGAGAGAGAGCUUGAAAGAUUGCGGUGAGAGAACCAUUGGCUGAAGGUGGCGAACAAAGACUCUGAAGGGGCAGAGACGCUCAACGGUCGUCUCCAAGUAUUCUUCUCGUCUUUGUUUUCAAGCAUCGGUGGAGUUUUUGGUAGUACCGCCCAAGAUCGAAAUUCACUUAUGGCUUCCAGAGCUAUUGCGCCUCAGCAACAACAACAACCCAGAGAAGGAGUUAGGCAGAAGAAGUUACCUGUAGAAGGAAGAAACAAUAGGCGAGUUCUCCAAGACAUUGGUAACUUGGUUAGCAGAAAAGCCGCAGAAGGGAAACAAGAAGCCCCAAUAGACAAGAACAAGAAGUCAAUCGCAGAAGAUGCAGUAACUUUGUUGCAGAUCGGUGUAGGGAAAGUCAGCGUUGCAGCAAAGCCUGCAGAGACAGCAAAGAUUGCUUGUGAGAAUCCAAAACCUGAAGGAUUUCAAGGGAGCUCAAGGAAAUCAAAACAAGUGACCUCCUCAAGGAAGGAUUGCAAGGCCUUUUCUUCUGUUCUCAGUGCCCGGAGCAAGGCUGCUUCUGCAAUCGCCAGUGAGCCAAAAGAUCUAGUAGUGAACAUUGAUGCAGAGGAUACUGAUAAUGAACUUGCAGUGAUCGAGUACAUCGAUGAACUCUAUGAGUUUUACAAGCUUUCCGAGGAAGAGAAUCAAGUGAAAGACUACAUGGGUUCACAGUCAGAUAUCAAUGCUAAAAUGAGAUCAAUACUCGUAGAUUGGUUGAUAGAAGUUCAUCACAAAUUCGAGCUCAAUCCAGAGACACUCUACCUUACCAUCAACAUUGUUGACCGGUUCCUCUCAAUGAAGGUUGUACCAAGAAGGGAGCUUCAGUUGGUUGGUAUUAGCUCAAUGCUACUGGCUAGCAAGUACGAAGAAAUUUGGUCGCCUGAGGUUAAUGACUUUGUCUGCAUUUCAGACAAUGCUUAUGCUAAAGAACAGAUUUUGGCAAUGGAAAAGGCAAUUUUGGGGAAGCUUGAAUGGUUCUUAACAGUUCCAACACCAUAUGUCUUCCUUGUUCGUUAUGCUAAAGCCUCUUUGCCAUUUGAUGAGCAGAUGGAGAACAUGGUGUUCUUCCUUGCUGAACUUGGUCUGAUGAAUUACACUACGAUAACCAAUUUCAGCCCUUCAAUUCUAGCUGCAUCAGCUGUUUAUGCUGCAAGAUGUACACUUGAAAUAAGCCCCUUCUGGACUGAAACUUUGAAGCAUAACACAGGCUACUCUGAAGAUCAGCUUAUGGAUUGUGCAGAGCUGUUGGUAAGCCUUCAUUCUACAGCAGCAGAGAGUAGACUUAGAGCAGUUUACAAGAAAUUCUCAAGUGAAGAUCGUAAUGCUGUUGCUCUUCUUCUGCCAGCUUCGAGCCUUUUAUCCGAAUCAUCACCAUGAUUGGCUUUAGUUAUCCUUUCAUGGAGAUUUUUUUUUUUUUUUUUUUAAAAAAAUUUUAUUUUAUUUUAUUUUUUUUGUGUGGAAUUAAUUUUUCAGGGGGGUUUGAUCAUUUAGCUAUAAUGAUCUAGAUGGUAUUUUGUUAUUAUUAGUCCUUCUUGUCUAACGGGGGUAUGGUGUGUGCUAACCAUUCUUGGUGAUUGUUCUAGACUGGAAAAUCUUUCUUGACAUUGUUUUAAAUCUGAUUGUUCUUGUAAUAUAAAAAAGAAUUAUGCUCC